AUGUUUGUGGUUGCACAGGGUACGGCUUACCCAACUACAGCUAAGACCACAAUAGUGCAUAAUCAGCCGGUGUUACCUAACCAUGUCAAAGUCAUGGUAGAUGAAGUGGUUAUUGGUGCAGAGGAUUGUCCUCUCCCCGUGCCAGUGUUGCAGUAUAAGACUUUGAAUGAUGUUGUUGGUACUUACACACAAUGGCCUAUUCAUUUAGUUCUGUUGGACGAGGCAAAUGUCAAAAUAAGGUCACCAAGACAAAAUAAGCCCAUAAAAGACCCAAGUGUUGAUCUAUCUACUGCUGCUACUCGUAGACUUGGCCAAAUUGUAGGUGAAAAUGUGUUUAUGCUUUUGGGGAAAAACUGCAAGCGGCUAGUCAAGACCUUGACAUCAUUUCCUGGUGACAAGGAAUACCUUGAUGUGGAUUUGGACCCGACAGUCUUCCAUCAUGGAAAUGUCAAUGGUGUUUUUGUGAUGUUAGAGGACAUCAAGGAUUUGCUAACAAUGAAUUGGUUAGAUGUCUCGGUUAUACAAGUGUUUAUGAUGUUUUUGAAUAGUCUGUGUAAGCAGUAUGGAGUAGCAUCGAUUGGGUUUGCAUGUCCAACACAAAUUUCAGCGGAUAUGGUCAACAAAAAUCCUGAAACUAUUACAUCAUAUUUGAUUCAUGUUAUGGACACACAUAAGGAUCAACAAUUCAUAUUGGCACCGUAUCAUCAAGAGAAUCAUUGGUUGUUGAUCGUGAUUUGCAUCAACUUAAAAACGGUGUAUGUAUUUGAUCCUUUGAAAUGUGGGCGCACUCUUGAAGUCAAACCUAGUAUGAAUAUGGCAUUUCGAUCCGUUCCAACAAAUGGACGGGGUGUUAGAAGUAUGACUUGGAAGGAAUGCAAGUGUCCACAACAACCCGGAGGUUUUGAAUGUGGAUACUACACAAUGCGAUUCAUGUGUGAUAUCGUUACCAAGUGUUCAAUGCUUGAUCGUUUAGAUACGGCAUUGGAAGAUACCACAUACUCAAUGAAUGAAAUAGAAGAAGUUCGAGAGUUGUGGGCAAAAUAUUUUCUAGAAGAGUGCGUUUAG